AUACGCAAGUAGACAGGCAAUUGUCUUGAUGGUACAGCGCAGGUGUGAACAAAUAUUUAUCGGGAUGAUAAGGUUCACCAUUUUAACUUUCUUUCCGUAGCGGGGAAACAACCAUGUCUGCUGCAUGACGUACUUAUAAACACCUUGACCUUGGCGAGAUGUAAGGAAGUGUGGCCGGGGGAUAUAUUUAAUAGCAUGUUCUGCGCUGGAGGCAAUAUGAAAGGAACUUGCAUCAAUGACUCCGGCGGCCCCCUCGUUAUGGCUAACGGCACCGCUGAAGGGCCCUUCGUGCAGAUCGGUGUGACGUCGUGGGGCUCAAAAGCAUGCAACAAACCUCAAGUUUACACGCGAGUCAACAAGUUUCUUCCGUGGAUAAAGGAAACUUGCGGCGAUGCCCUCAUAUGCCCUCCUUUGCGUCCCUGAACUAGAAAAAAAGAA